AUGACUGAUACAGAGGGUUCCCUGAUGGCUGGUAUCUGGGCAAGGAUCCAUCCCUGGACUCUGCUGCUGGCUUCUGUCACCUUCCUGCUCCUGGCUGACUACCUCAAAAACAGGCGUCCCAAGAACUACCCUCCAGGGCCCUGGCGCCUGCCCUUCGUGGGCAACUUGUUCCAGUUCAGUUUAGAGUUGUCACACCUGCAUUUGGACAUCCAGCCGUUUGUGAAGAAGUAUGGAAACAUAAUUAGCCUGGAUUUUGGUAACAUCCCUUCAGUGGUCAUAAGUGGAUUGCCCUUAAUCAAAGAAGCUCUCACUCACACAGAAGAAAGCUUUUUGAGUCGCCCAGUUAUACCUACCAGAAAACGUGUCUUUAAAAAUGAUGGGAUUGUCUUCUCCAGUGGACAGACAUGGAAGGAGCAAAGACGGUUUGCACUGAUGAUGCUCAAGAACUUUGGACUAGGGAAGAAGAGCUUAGAGCAGCGCAUACAGGAGGAGGCCCUCUACCUUGUGGAGGUCAUAGGAGAGGAGGAAGGACAGCCUUUUGAUCCUCACUUCAAGAUCAACAAUGCGUUUUCCAACAUCAUUUGCUCCAUCACCUUUGGAAAGCGAUUUGAGUAUAAAGAUGGUCAGUUUCAGGAGCUGAUGAAGUUACUAGAGGAAAUCGUGUGUUUGGAGGCAUCAGUAAUGUUAAUGCUCUACAAUGCCUUACCAUCUAUAAUUACAUAUCUUCCUGGACCACAUCAAACAGUUUUCAGGAACUGGGAAAAACUGAAAUUGAUUGUUUCCUGUAUGAUAGACAAUCACAGGAAAGAUUGGAAUCCUGCUGAGCCAAGAGACUUCAUUGAUGCUUUCCUUACAGAAAUGACAAAGUACCCAGACAAGACUUCUACAAGUUUCAAUGAAGAAAACCUCAUCUGCAGCACUCUGGACUUCUUACUUGCCGGAACAGAGACAACAUCCACGACAAUGCGCUGGGCUCUGCUCUUCCUGACUCUAAACCCAGACAUGCAAGAGAAAGUACAGGCUGAGAUUGAUAAAGUGAUUGGCCAUGACAGGCAGCCAAGCACAGACGACCGAGAGUCCAUGCCCUACACCAAUGCUGUCAUCCAUGAGGUGCUGAGGAUGAGCAACACCGUCCCCUUGAGUGUUCCCAGGGAACUAACUGCUGAUAGCACAUUCGCUGGUUUCCACCUGCCAAAGGGCACCAUGAUCCUGCCCAAUUUGACUGCUCUGCAUAGGGAUCCCAAAGAGUGGGCCACUCCAGACAUCUUCAAUCCAGAGCACUUUUUGGAGAAUGGACAGUUUAAGAAGAAAGAAUCUUUUCUGCCAUUCUCAAUGGGAAAGAGAGCUUGCCUAGGAGAACAAUUGGCCAGGUCUGAGCUGUUCAUUUUCUUCACUGUUCUUAUGCAAAAAUUUACCUUCAAGGCCCCAAUCAAUGAGAAGCUGAGUCUGAAAUUCCAAAGGAGCUUCGCCUGUUCCCCAGUCAACUACCGCAUCUGUGCCAUCCCACGACAGUGA